AUGGAGGUUAGAUACGUGGCUAACCACAGUAGUGAUUGGGUGUCAUUUGUAUAUGAUGUAGAUAGGAUAUGAUUUUAAGUAUAGCCGUCGUUUUGUAGUUACUUAUGGGUUUAUACAACUCGGUGAAAAAGAAAGAAAACUUGCUACGUUGAGGUUAUUAAUCAGAGAAAACCGAAUGAAUCACAAGUCAAUUAGAAAGCGUUCUAUAGAUUAUAUAUAAAACCCGCAUAACUUGAAAUGUUAAAACUUUUUUACCAAGAAGUUAAUAUUUAUUAAUUAUGUUAUGGUAGUUAAAGCCUACCAGAAUCGACCAGAAAAUUAUAACCAAUAAUAAUCAAGUAAUUGAAAAGCUCCAAGGGCCGGUUGUUAAAAUAAAGUUUAACCGUUUUUAAACAGAACCGCUUUCGUGAACGGUGUCAUUAAUUCCGAAAAUUAGCAGUGGAAGGACGUAUAUUUAAGUACUAUUGCAGUUACACCAGCUUUGCGAUCUGCUCGUUUUUUAAUUUAACCUCCUCGAAUGAACAGAGGCGAUCUUUAGUAAAAGUUGGACUGUAUAUGAAGCGCCGUUAGUGAUGUCUUGUUUCCCUUUCUCAUCUUCACGUUUUUUUCCUUCAAACGGAUCCAUUCUACUUUCUAGGCACUUUCAAAGUGGAGUGACGUAAAGUUUGGUGAUCUUUGCCCUUCUCAUUUUUGUGACGUCUUUCAGCGUUGCUUACGAAACAGUGAGCGCAUGCCACCCUCUUUCUCAGAAAUCAGGCAAUCUCUUGUAACACAGAAUGCAGGUUGCUUUGCAAAGGAAGAAAACGAAAAAUGCCAUGAUCCUUGGAGAGUAAUAAGGUGAAAUAAGAACAGUAUGCCAACGUUUUGGACCUCGCGUAAGAAGCUUUGGGAAAGGCAAGCAAAAGGCUCCGCGUGCGGUGUCAUUCUGUCUUGCCAAGAUCAUCAGAAAAAUCAUGAAUACCGAAAGACCCGCGUCUUUACCAUAAAUUUUUAUUUUAAGUUACUCCUACUUCGAAAUUGAAUUUUUUUGUGUUCCAACUUUGACUGUUACACUAGUUGUUAAAUAACUGCAAUUGUAAUAGUAAUAGCAAUUAUAAAUAACGACUCUUAUAUAGUUUGAUAUUACAAUUUCAUUUGGACAUUACAGGAGCACCCUUUGAAAUUGAAGGUUAUUCGCAAAUUCGAAGGGUCAAAAGAUGGUUUUCUCAGCUGUAAUCCUGGAGAAAUCAUAACUCUGAUUUCCAAGAAACGACACAAGUAUGACAAAACUGCUUGGUUUGGUGUCACACAAAGUGCUCAAAUAGGAUUUUUCACGCUAGAGUAUGUAGAAGAAAUAAUGAAUGAUAAUGUUGAUGGUUCUGUUAUACCUCUAGAGAUUCAGGCGCGAGGUCCCAGAGCUGAGCUUGCCUUUCAAAAGGCAUUGCGGAAUGGCAGAGUGCAAGUUUUUCGUGGUCGGAUCAUGAUACUUGGCCAGGACCGAGCAGGGAAAACAAGUCUUAAGAAAUCUCUGCUCGGUAUGCCUUUUAAUCCCGAGGAAGAGAGCACUGUUGGAGUCGAAGUUGACCCAUCCAAGUGCGAAGUCGAUGUGGAUCAAGUAACGAAUUGGCAGCGCACAGAGCAUACGAAACUGGAUGUUUCUCAUUUUGUUGAAGACAUAGCAAGGAUAGUUGCUAAAGACUUAAAGGAAACAGAUGAAGAGCCAAAGAAGACAAAUGAUGUCACUUCGCUUUUGGAGCAGGGAUACAACGAUGAGCUGCAAGCUGACGAUCCAAUGCCAGUAGAUACGACACCCUUAAACAAUUCAUCAUUAAAAAGUGAGGAGGAGGAAAGCGUGACGACUGACAACAUCAGUAACAGUGGUGUGCCGGUAGGCAAGCCAGCUGACCUUAAUAUUCAACUAAGCGUCGAUACCAGUUCAGAUUUACAGAAUGAUGUCACGGAACUGGUUGUGCAGUACUUGCAGGCUUUGAGACUAGAAGAUCACGUUAAGACAAAAGAAACCAGUUUCACUUUGUGGGAUUUCGCUGGGCAGCAUCUGUACUACGCCUCGCACUCAGUAUUCCUUUCUCCUCGAGCUGUUUAUGCCUUAGUUUACAACCUGACUAAAGAUCUCAAUGCUCCAGCUGAACCUCGAGUUAAACAGGGUAUUCACGAUAUUAUAUUGGAGAAACAAAACAGUGAGACAAAUUUGGAGAGUUUGCUGUCGUGGCUGGCUUCUAUUCACAGUAUUCGCCCAGCAGAUGACGAGCCAGGAAAUAACCAGCAAGACAAAAGAUCUUACCUACGCCCUCCAGUGUUCAUCGUGGGUACAAACGCUGACAAACCGUUCGAAGAUGUCAAGAAAAUGGAAAAGUGUAUUCAAAGAAAUAUUUCAGGGAAGGUUUAUGAAAAGCACGUGAUCAAGCCAUUGUUUGCUGUUGAUAACACACGAUCGAUUGGCGAUGAUGGUGUUCAAGCACUGCAGCGAAGGAUCAUGGAGGUUUUCAGACAAGAACCCUACAUGGGUGAGGAGAUUCCAAUUAGGUGGUUCAACUUCGAAAAAAUCAUCGAAGCUUUGGUAGCAAAGGGAACCUAUCACAUGGAUUUUGAUCAGCUUCUCACAGUUACGAAGAAAGUUUGCGAAAUAGAUGAUAAGGAGGAAAUGAUGGCCAUGUUGAAUUUCUAUCAUGACUUGGGAGUGAUCGUGAAGUACGGCCGCACCGUUGUACUGCAGGCACAGUGGCUGAUUGACCUUUUUAAAAGAUUGAUAACUGUGAGGCCUUUUGACGAAAUGGAUGCUCUAUAUUCAGAAUGCUGGAAGGAACUUGAAGAAAGCGGUAUUCUAAGGAUGACCCUCGUUGAUCACGUUUUCGCUGAUGUAAUCCAGAAUGGGCUUUCCAAGAAGGACAUUUUGGAUAUGAUGGAGCUGUAUGGCUUAAUCGCUAAAUUUUCUUUUUUCCCAGUUGCUUCCAAAGAUGAGCAGAAAUACUUUGUACCAGCCCAAUUAAGGUCAUCUCCAGCAGGUCUGUGUGAAAUAAAGACAUCUAGCGGUGAUCCGUGCCCUUUGUAUCUUCAUUUCCUUGAUGGCUUUGUACCUCAUGGGCUAUUCCCUCAGCUUUUGGCGAGGUUCAUCCGCUGGUCCUCAGAGCAUGCGCCCAAUCAAGCUCCAAAUUUGUACCACAAUGGUGCGCGACUCUUCAUCGGAAGGAAGAACAUGUACAGUCUCGUUCUUAUCUGCAGAAAACGAUUCAUUAAGAUCGUACUAAAACAAAGGAAUCCUGCUUUGAAUACCCCGUUCGUGACUACUGCUCAAGAGGUUCGCGUGUUCCUUGAAGAUAGUUUGCAAAAGCUGAGCCUUGAGUCGCCCUGGCUACGCAACCUGAGGUGUGAACUGUGUGUUGCAUGUCCCAGUUGCUUAACUCACGGAGAAGAAUGUGCUAAACAUGGAUCAGUCUGCUGUGCUCACGAUGAUUGUCUCCAUCUUCUCCGAGUAAUUCCAGAGGAACAGCUGUUUUGUCCAAAAAGCUUCACCGAUGAAGCUCUUCAAAUUGAUGGACUAAACAACUGGUUCCAGGUUGGUAAAACAAAGAAUGAAGAACAGAUGCAGCGGAUAUUGCCCUCUUUGAACUCAGAAGCAAUCCAGCGACCCUUCCCUUCCAAAACGGGCACACCUUCACGUGAUGACCUCCUCCUUCUUGCUUUCGAGUUGGGUUCAUCGUGGAAGAUGCUGGGUCGGGCACUCUCUCUUCCUGAAGCAGUGCUGGAGCAAAUUGAGGAAGACAAUCACAAGCUGAUUGAAAAAUGUUGCAGAGUGCUCAUAAAAUGGACUGAGGUGUUUGGCCCUUCGGCUACGUACGAGUCUCUGGCGAAAGCUUUGCAGCACCCUGCAGUGGGUCGAGGUGCGCUUGCUGUCAAAUACUGCGACGUCCCUGGAGAUGUUUACACAGGCACAGAAGCUUCACCCAUCUCCUGCAAAAUCGUAGAUAAUUUGAGGUGGAGUUGCCCAGUUUUUCUGUCUUACCAGUGGGAUUUGCAAGAGACGGUGAAGAGACUAAAGAAUAGAAUUGAGGAGAAUGGGAUUCAGUGCUGGAUGGACAUUGGGCAGAUGGGAGGAGGUGAUGCUUUGUUUGCCAAGAUAGAUGCUGGUAUUCGAGCGUGCAAGGUCUUCGUAUGCUGUGUAACGAAAAGGUAUUGCCAAUCUGACGCCUGUCAAAGAGAAGCUACUCUUGCUUGUAACUUAAAAAAGCCCAUCAUACCUCUGCUGUUCGAGGAUAUAUCCUGGCCGCCUGAGGGUCAACUGGCUUUGAUCUUUACUACGCUUCUUUACAUAAAGAUGAGCGUAGAACAUGGAGAGUUUCCUGAUGCGCAGUUUCAGGAGAUGAUGAGAAAAGUGGGAGAGUUCGUUCAAACUUGAAAAAGCUCGCUAUGCAGUCAAGGAGAAUAUUUCAUGAAUUUCGGAAGGAUGAACUCUACCUAAAGUGCUUUACAUUUGGUAGGUGAUUGGAAGUCCCAACAUCAUCAAUUGUGACUUAUUCUCCUAAUUAACACCGCCUGCUAUGAUUCGAAUUUUACAAGCACAGUACUUGCAGAUAUUCUUAAUCAUCCUAAAUUAAGUGGUACCAGUGCUAAGCAGAUUAAUUUUCUUGUUUGUAUCGUUUAUUUACACGCAGAUUGUAUGGAGAACUGAUGCUGAAUUCUCCUUUUUGCGUCUCGACUAGUCUUGUUAUUAUACACACGACAAAGGCAGCGGUUACUGUUCGCCGCCAAGAGAGUUCUUCUGCCAAAUUGCUCAAGAUUAUAAUUAUUAUAAUGAGGAAAUGCCAUAUUUUAAAAUGUGAUUGGAAGGCUUAGUCGCGCCACUAUGUGAUUUGAGAGAAACGAAACGUCAACUUUGAAACUCUUUACGGUGGCCAAAUUACACUAUCAAUUUAGUUGAUAAUACGAAAUAAUCCUUUUUCACAGUUUCUUUAGAGACUUACCCCCCUUAAUUCUGUAUCGUUUUGAUUCCAAGUUUUACAACUGUAAGUCGAAUAUUCGUCCGGUUUAAAAAACGGUAUUACUUAAAUCAAAGUGACACUUUGGCGAAUUCACGGAUACAUUGUGCAGAAUACAACUAGGACAUACAGUAAUUGUACUAAACGGGAGUGAUCUUCAAAUUACAAGCAGCAGCAUUCAGCCUCUUAAAUAUAAAGAGGGUUUGGGCAGUCAGAGCGUUAGUAUUCGGAAUGACGAAAUUGAAAAAUUAUUAUAUCCUUUACUGUAGCUUUAUUUUUCUUGAAUUUUAUUUUUGUUACUCAUGUUUACUUAAGGUUUUAAUGGUAAUUUUAAUUGUCAUAUACGGAUAUAGAUUCAUGUACGGAUAUAGAUUGAGCGAUAUAUAUCACUACAUCACAUUAAAGUGACCAAACAAAACUUAUAAUUUCAA